CGGAUCCGCUGUAAAUCCAAAACGCAUGAUCAUUUUCUUUUUCCUCGCACAAAAGGUUCUCUAAAACCUUAACCCCAGCGACCCGUCAGCACAUCGAGCGCCAUGGACAUGGAGAUCGAUACCCGGAAAGAAGAACUUCAGAUCAAAGACGAUGACCUCUUCAGAGCCGCGGAAUCCGGAGACGCCUCGACUUUCAAAUCUCUCUCUCAGGAGCAGCUCUCCAGAGCUCUCUCUCUGAGGAACGAGGACAGCCGGUCCCUCCUCCACGUGGCCGCAUCUUCUGCUCAAUCCGAGGUGUUAAAGGUAUUGUCGGCAAUUGACGAAUCAAAAAGUGUGAUAAACAGUGCAGAUGAAGAAGGGUGGGUGCCUCUUCAUUCGGCAGCUAGCAUUGGGAAUUCAGAAAUAGUAGAAAUUUUAUUAAGCAGAGGAGCUGAUGUCAAUUUGAAAAAUAGCGGUGGUCGCACUGCUCUUCACUAUGCCGCCAGUAAGGGGUGGCUGAAGAUUGCUGAAAUUCUAAUCUCGCAAGGGGCAAAGAUUAAUCUGAAGGACAAGGUUGGUUGCACCCCAUUGCAUCGGGCAGCUAGCACGGGCAACUCAGAAUUGUGUGAAUUUUUAAUUGAGGAAGGAGCAGAGGUUGAUGCUGUUGAUAAAGCUGGUCAGACUUGUCUUAUGAAUGCAGUUAUUUGCCAUAACAAAGAGAUAGCUCUCCUUUUAGUAAGGCAUGGAGCAGAUGUAGAUGUGGAAGACAAGGAAGGAUACACUGUGCUUGGUCGAGCUUCAGAUGAUUUUAGACCAUUGCUAGUUGAUGCUGCUAAGGCCAUGCUAGAAGGAUGAAUUUCUUCCUGAAUAGCAUAUUAGGAGAGGGAAUUCCAAGUUAAGUGGAUGAAGUGUGCUUUGUGAAUAAAUUCGACAUAAGUUGUGCAAAAAGCACGAAAAUUCACCGUACAGCUUACAUUUAAACCGUCGUUGAGAUUGAAUACGAAGUUACGAACAAUGAAAGGAACUAGGAUUUUUCUUGAUUUAAUCAUAACAGAGACUAUGCUGAUAGCUAUAUUUAGGUGGAAAUUACUUGCUGCGAUUUAAUU